AUCUUUUAGUGUAUGAGGAAACCCUUUGCAUCUGUAGCAAUGGCUCCUUUCUCUUUACGUUGCCGUCUCCAGACUUCCGCGCUGAGCAAUAAACGUUUCAAACCAAAGGCUAAGCAGGGGAUGAAGAACAUGGAAAAAAGCUUCAAAAGGUUGAAAUCAGAAAUGGAGGAGAUAAGCGAGGAGCAAAAGAGCAUCAGGGAAGGGCAAAGACAAGUUAAAGAAAAAUUUGAGAUGGUUGAGUCGGAGUGCGAGGAAUUGAAGAGGGAAACUAGACUCGUAAUCCAACAAAGUGCGAGGACUCAGGUUAAACUUGCUCUUAUGUUUCGCAUCCUCAAAGCAAGGGAAGCCGACGACUUGAGUACCGCGGCCACUCUCACUGAAAUGCUCCGUGAAAUAGUAGGAAGAGAGAGGGAGGAAAGCAAAGCUGACAUCUGAAUGGCUCUGACAAGCUUCCUCUUCGCUGCUGCCCCAAGAAUUAUGGAGUAAUUCGUCGGUGCUAUCUUUUAGCAUUGUCACUGCGGCUACUUAUGUUCUGGAUCUAUUUCUUUUCAUGUCUGGUAUGUUUUCGACUUUGCUAUUUAUUUUCUGUAGUGUUUUAUGGGGUUUAAUAUUGCAUAUGUAAAGACUUGAAAACUAGUAAACCAGUUAUGGUUGUCA